AGGCUGGUGCAGCUGGUUCGCAUUUGGUUGUGUGCGUAUGUGUGAGUGUGUGCGUGUGUGUAUGCGAACAAGUUGAUAUUGUUUAGAUUUUUUUCCCCCCACCCGAAACCAUUCCAAAUAAGUUCUGGAGGUUUAGUCGGGGCCACGGUGAGUAAGUCAUCUCUCAGUGCCGCCCGACGAGAAGAUAAACACUCCAAUAACAACGCUGACUUAAAUGUACUCGAUAAUAACAAGUUUACUACGCACAUCCGUUGAAUAGGAGCCACGACUACGCAGUUUAACCAUUUUUGGCUUGUAAUUUUCUUUGCGGCGUUCUCUUACUCGCAGUCGAGAUUCUCGAGCAGCUGACGACGUUGUUUUUGUGGCUGUCAAUUUAAAAAAAAAAGUCCAGUGUGCCUUAUUGUAAACGAGCAAAGUCGUUCAUGUUAGCUGUAAACGCCAUAACAGAGCCAGCAAUUAAAGCGUAUUUGUAAGGGGAUAAGCCAUAAGCUAGUCAAGUCAACAUGCUAAAGACCCUGACCAAGAAGCUAAGAAGACACUCACUCAAUGAGAUACACCCUUUUCAACUAAAGUUUUCUUACCAUGGCGGUGGUGAGGGUGGGGAGAGUGAUGAUUCAGAAGGAGAGAACCAGGAGCUUGCACAAAUUGAUAGAGAGAGACGGAGAAAUUGUGCCCUAACCCCCUUGGCUACCAGCCAGCAGCACAACCAGGGUCCCGUCUCUCCAGCUCGUUUACGACGCCUCCGCCUCCUUCUUGAUGCCAAUCUGGAUCGCCACUCGUCAGAAGAAGAACUGGAGCGAAUUAGUUAUGGGGACAACAGGAAGUGGGUGUCUUCACUUCCUCAGCGCCAUGGCGAUCACCACAGCAGUGCAUCCAGUGACGAGGAGGUGCGGGAUCUCUGUGGUUGUGGGUCGCCCACUGCUGCUACCAAGCCGCUGGUCGAGUCUGGUGCUUGUCUGGCCGCCUCCUCCAGCCCUGUGCUCUUCAGCUCCAGCCCUCCAUGUAGCCUCAAGCCACCCCCCAUGCGCUUUCAGCUCCAGGUGGUCCAGCCAGUCACUCGACCAAUCAUCCUGACCCACUUUGACCAGUCAGCACCUUACAGAAGAUACCGGCACAGCUAUAGUGGGGAAUUGGGGAGGCCAAGUCUUGAUUUAGAGAAGAUGCAACAGAAAAUGCUGUUGAAAAAGAACUGUGGAGGGAAAACACGGACCAUAAAGAUUCGGACUUUAACCGGCAGUCGUCCUCCGCCCAGGUACACUUACGAUCCCUCCAUCUUCGCCUUCCGAUCUUUGAGCACAGUGCCCCUGUCUGAGGAUCCUCCCUGCUGAUGAAGAAAUGUCACACUGCUACACUAGUUCAAGCUCUCCCUUCUCUCCAAAAGAAAGACUGUUUUGAAACCGACUGAUCCAACUAUUGCACACUCAGGUAUUCCCACCCUGUAACGAUGUCACUUUGAUUAUUAUUCUUGGAGAAUAGUAUGGCCUAAGGAUAUUUCAGGUUUGUAUAGCCUACAAAUACCUGACUAUGAUCUGUUAUUGGUAAUGAAAGGAACAUGGCUUAUGGAACACACGGGGCGUGAAGGGAUAAAACAGAAACACCUGAAUUUAGCUUUGGAUCGGAUCACUUUCAAGGGGAAUGUUGCAUGGCAGACAAUCAAAUAGUUCCAAGGUUUCUUCCUUUAAUGUGAUUUACUGGACAUCAUGUAAGGUUCCUGGUAAAUUCCUCUUCUAAACAUGGUAAACCAAGUCACCGAUAUCUUAAUGUUUAGAUGGUAACAUCAUCUGGAAAAACAGCUUCUUUGAAUGUGUUAUUCUUUGAAUAUGCAGGUCAUGGUGAGCUAUAACAUGUAUGACUGUAGUUAUACCUAGUUGACCUUUGAUGUGUUUCUCAAUGAAUAUGUCACUGUCAGUUCCCAUCAAAGUCAAGUACUUGUAACCUCUUCCUUGCAUGAAUUCCACUGUACUGCAGAAAGAGAGGUAUUUGGGAGGAAGGAAGAAUGAGUAGUUUGCUGCACAUUUGGCAAGUGUAAUUGGUGCUGUGUUAUGCAUAGCCUACUUGUAGUGUGCCAUUUUACAUUUCAAUAUUGUACCUCAUUACUUUUUUAGGUAGAAAAGGACCACUGGUAAAUGUAAAACAGCCCAGUGUUUUCUAGAGAUGCCUUUUAAAUAACAUUCCUCUUGUGUCGAAUGGAAUCUGAGGUUGUUCUCAGUGGCUUGAGCUGAUCGUUUGAUUUGAAAACCAAUGUCACCACUGUACUACGAUUUUGAUGAAGUGAAUGUAACAUUGUGACAGGUUUUCGUCCCUUGUUGCACAAAAUGGAUUAAUAAAUGCCCUGUGGCCUCUUG